AAGUCAUCAAGAGCGCGAUGUUAUCGAGUAUCAUGUUGGUUUUGAAGGAGCUUUGGAAACGCGUUACGAGAUGCGACGACAUUUACGACGUUCUCUUCCCUCUGCAUUUGGCGACGAAACCGUUUGCAAUCAGUCCACACAGCAUGAUCAUGGAUCACCUGAAGAAAAGGAAAUAUUCAGUUUCCAUCCUUGGUAGUUGCUACAGUUUAGUUUCCAUUAUGCUCUUCACAGCUUAUUACGUGUUCGCUGUCGAAGAACGUAAUAGAAUAAGUUACCAAGAGACCAAUAAGAUCACCAAUGCCAUCGACGCUUACCAGCUUUAUGGAGCGGUAAUCGUGAUGAUACUGGCUGUUGUUUUGAAUGGUUUAAGACAGAAUACUUUGAUCGAAGCAGUUUCGAAAAUAGAUGAUAUCGAUGCCGAAUUCGCACACAAUCGCAUUAGUAUCGAAUACAAGACUAGCCGAAAUUACAUUGCUGUUUACGUGUAUUGCAUUCAAUUGCUCUUCAUUGGGCUGGAGUACAUGAACUGCAGCAUGUUCCUGCGGCAGAUCUUCACGCUUUCCGAUAUGUGCUUGCUGAUGUGCUAUCUACCAUUACUGGUAAACGGUUUCGUCGAAUGCCAAUUCAUAAUCUAUCUGCUGCUGCUGCGUCAGAGGUUCUCGAUUAUUAACCACGAACUUGAGUGCCUGAGCAACGUGGUUUUGAUUGGUGGGAAAGGUGUUAACAGAUUAAUCACUCUGAGAAGAAUGCACGAAGAUCUCUGCAUCUCUAGUCGCAUGAUCAACGAAACGUUCGCACUGCAGAUCCUCAUCAUCAUCGGAAACACCUUUGUCAGCUUCACAACGCACGCAUAUUACUGUUUCGAUGGUUUCGUAAGAAUUUCUCUAGAGGAACCGGACAAGAAUGUUUACAAUACUGCAACCACCGCAGCGUGGACUCUCUUCAAGCUAUUGCAACUCUUUGCGGUGACCUUUGUCUGCACAUCUUUAACAAAUGAAGCGAAUAGUGCGAAGAAUUUCAUUUACAAAAUUGAUCGUUCACGUAACCAGAACAUUUCAGCACAAAUCACUAUCUUCAGCAAGCAGAUUAUCCAUUGGGACUUCAAAAUUUGCGCUUUCGGUUUCUUCAAUCUGGAUUUAACAUUAUUUUAUUCGGCUGUAGCAUCUGCAACAGCAUAUCUCUUCAUCCUCUUGCAAUUGGAUAUAGCCAACAGACAACCAGAAAAUACUAUUAUUCAAUAGACCAUGCUUUUUUUUAAGAAGAACCAACAAACUUUACUUACCUUUAGUUUAUUUUUAAGAAAAAGUC